UUCCGCCCAAUUUAUCCUUUUUAUUACUCUCUGAACGCCCAUCGUCUCCCCACCUGCUAAAUCCAUCGAUUUUUUUCCUUUUUUGGGUCUCUGUGUUCGCUGGCAGAGGAUUGGAAACCUGAACUCCAAGGGAUCUACUGACUGAUUUUGAAGCGGCGGAUGUUAUGGAUCUGGAAAAAGCUUAUAUUUCCGAGGAACUCAAGACGGUCUCCUGCUCGAUCUGUCUCGAUCUUGUUCUGCAUAAGGGAGAGCGGUCAACUGCAAGGCUCCAAUGCGGGCACGACUUUCACUUAGAUUGUAUUGGCUCAGCAUUUAAUGCAAAAGGGGCGAUGCAGUGCCCGAACUGUAGAAAAGUAGAGAAAGGCCAGUGGUUAUAUUCAAACGGAUAUCGUUCAUCAUCUGAUUUUGAUUUUGAUGGGUGGAUCACGGAGGAUAUUUAUGAUUUAAGUUAUUCUGAGCUGCCUCUUGGAUAUCAGUGGUGUCCUUUUGAUGGAUUUACACAACUAACAUCAUCAUUUGAGGACAUGGAGUCACAGCCAAAUUAUUAUCAUGAACCAAUGGGUAUUAUUUCAUUUGGAGAGCACUCAAGUGCUUCUGUUAGCUCCCAUAUUUGCCCAUACCAGGCUCUGCAUGGUUUUCCUCAUCACCCUAUGUCUACUCAGCCUUCCAUUCCUUCUGAUUCUGUUUCUGAAAAUUCUCAUUUCCACCCGCAUUUAACCGGCCUGGGCGGACAACCACCAGCUGAAGUGCACAACCUUCACAGUUUAACCGAGCCCCCAGGUCAGAACUGGCCGCAGCAACCACCCCCACUUCCUGUUCCAGUGGCUGCUAAUUCUGAUCAGUCUACAUUUCAGUAUCGUCUGAUGUUAUCGAGAAAUGAUACAAACAAUCCACAAAGAAUAGGAACUUUCGUCCAUCCUCAUCCCCCUCAUGGGUCUAUUUCCUCUCGGAGUGCGAGUAAUCUAAGAACUGGAUCCAUAGCUCCACCGGUACAUGGCGAAGUUAGAACCCAUUCUAGAGGCAAUGCAAGCCACAUCUAUCAUCAAUCCAUAUCCUCUUCGCCCCCCCAAAGUUCCCAUUUCCCUCCUAACAGGAGAUCCAGGCCAAGGGGAGUAGCUGUAAUCUCAACCACAUCCUCUACAGAUAUAGGUGGCUUCCAUGGCUUCUCUGUCUCCACCUCCACAAACCGGAGUCUGCAGGAUUCCGGCAGGGUUUUCGAUCGGUACUACGGAUGGGGAAGAGAAGGGUUCGCUCCGCUUCCCUGGAUCCCACUUGAGGGGGAAUCACGGUGGUGGGGUCCCUUCAACCCCAAUCAGGCUCCUCAAUCUGGAAGUUUUGCCCAAAGAGGAGGCACCAACAAUGAGAGAGCCGUUCCGAGCCGACCGGAAAAUCGUUACAACCAUCCGCGGAUGCCACCGCCUCCUUUAUAAGAGAUGUGAUGCUUCAGAUCUCAUUUUUCACUUUUCUUAUUUUGAUUGUCCCAAAAAUUUGCAUUAAACUGCUUGGCCUUGACUUGUUCAACAAAUUAUGGCAGUUUCUGCAUGGGAUUUGUUGAUAUGGACUGGGUGAUGUUCCAAGUGUUCUAUAUUAUAGAUUCUGAUAUGAGGCCCUUUAUUUCCUGCAAUGGGGCUGUCAGGUGGUGGUGGGAUAACUUUUUUAAGCUCUUGAGAAACAAAAAGCUGGAUGCAAUUGCCAGUUUGCUGCUGA